AUGUCUCGCGUACGUUUAAUCGAGCUGCACCUGUUUAGUGAUUCAAGUGAGAUCGCAUACGCCGCAUCUGUCUACAUACGAAUUGUCGACAUUGCUGGGGUGAUAUCGUGUAGAUUGAGUGUGGGAAAGUGCCGUAACUGCCCGAUAAAGAAACCCACCAUCCCACGACUGGAUCUUAAGGCAAGCGUCCUAGCUGUACGGCUGAGUAAUCUAAUCAGAGCUGAAUUGGAUUGGAACGUUGAUCAUAUUAUCAUCUUUUGGACCGACUCUACCACAGUUCUUCAGUACAUCACGAAUAAAAAUAGGCGAUUUCACCGCUUUGUGGCCACUCGUUUAGAAGAGACUCACGAACAUACGACACUAGAACAAUGGCGACAUGUCCCCGGAGCUCUAAACCCGGCCGAAGAUGGAUCAAGGGGCUUGCCAAUCGAAGCAUUUCAUUCAACGUGCCGUUGGUGGUCUGGGCCCGCUUUCCUCAGCCAGACUGCAAAUCAUUGGCGGGUCGCAAGGGUAUCCGAGGUCCCAGAGGACAAUGAAGAGGUCGUGAAACCACGUAUUGGUCAUAACUCGCCGGCAGUCGUAAUUGGUUCCCAUUUGUUUCAACUGCUGAACGACUUAUCGUCGUGGUCUAAACUGCAGAGAUAUAUUUCUUGGCUAGUGCGGUUAAUGCGUCAUCUACGAACCAAAGCUAAAUCACAAGUGGCCUCAUUUCCCAAGGAAAUAAGUUUAACAGAAAUGAAGGAAGCGUCGACAUCUAUCGUGAAAGUAGUCCAAAACCAAUACUUCCAGGAUGAACUCUCAGCUCUAAAAUCUGGAAUGAAGAUCAAGUCAGAUAGCAGAUUGGUGACUCUUUCGCCCGUACUCCUAGACGGCGUUAUUUGUGUUGGCGGCCGUCUGAGACACGCACCUUUAACCUCGGAGAACGUCAACCCAAUGAUAGUGCCACAUCAACAUGACAUCGCCUCGUUAAUUAUUACCUAUUAUCACCAAAUAUUAGAUCACGCCGGUCGAGAGCAUGUACUGUCUGUGGUCCGUCAGCAUUACUGGAUCAUUAGCGACCUUAAGCAAGUAGGACGCAAACGCGACGACGACGGCUAUCAAUACAAUGGGUCAUUGAAAAGAAAUGAAUAA